CGCAUUCUUGUCGACGAACGUCCAUGUCAUGAAUCCCAAACGAUGCACUAUUCUAAGACAUAUGCUUCACUAUUGCUCACACUACCUCCAGAGCUGAGGGAUAAUGCCAUUCAAUAUCGAGAGUUGAAGAAACUCAUACGGGACGUCGUGCAAGAGCUCGAAGCUAUCGGCCUGUCGCCUGAAAUUCUACAGAAACUACUGCAGCAGAAACAACAGCCGUCAACCGAUAGUGCGUUUGUGGCUCAGCAGGAUUCAUUCCCGAAGGUGGUCUACGAGUUCAGCACGUCGGAAUCCGAGGAUGGCCAGAUCGAACCAAGACUUCGUUUUUGUAUUCACCGUGAUGCCGUACCAUUACAUAGACCGACACCAUCCUCACCACCGCGGGAAUCAACCCCUUCCUCAUCUGAACAUAAUUCCGUACACCACCGUCAACGAGCCUCGAUAUCGGAACUGAAUGAACACGGCGACGAGGUCGAGAAUAGUCACGAUGGAGAGGACAAGGAUGAUGCGAGAUGGCACGGGAACGAGGCUGGCGUUGGUGGCGAACGGCAGAAGGGGUUCGGAUGGGGAGAAGAAAGUUUGCUUUACGCCCUUCAGCGGCAUGGUGGUACUUUUGCGGCCAAUGGGCGGGGAGGAAACGACGAACGUGCGUCCGUGGUCGCCACACCAGACCCGCUCAUUGAUGGCUCUGACGAGCUCAUCGUCCCUCUCGUCAAUGACACCGCCUUCUACCGCCUCCUCUCUACCGCCCUCCAAUCCAUAGCCACUCACCUCCUCACAGUGCAACAAAACUUCACAUCAACACUCGAAGACCUCUCCCGCUCUAUAUCUUUCUCCGCCCGCCCCUCCCACUCCACAUCGUCGUUCCACGCCUACUCCCGCUCCGCCGACCCUGCUCUCGUGCGCUCCUCUUCUGGUGGCUCCCUUUUCACGUCGAAGGCGAAGUCGGAUUUGUACGCUUGGAGAGCGAUCUUUGAGCUGUAUGUGGAGGCGGAGGUGUUCGAGGAUUUGAGCGAGAGUAAGAGGGGGGAGAGGAGUGUCAAGGAUUCUGAGGGGCGGUUGGCGCAGUUUGUGCAGAGGGUUACGGAGAGGGGCUUGGGCGAUGGGAGGACGCUGAAGUUGAGGGAGAGUAGGGAGGCAUUGAAGAGGUUUCUGGAGGUUAAUUUAUUGUUGCUGGAUCUGAAGAAGUUUCAGCAUGCGAAUACAGAAGCAACGCGGAAGAUCCUCAAGAAACAUGCAAAGCGAACAGCCCUCCCCAUCCCCUUCAUUUCUCUCUCUUCCACCCUCUCACCAUCUCCUACAUCGCUACCUUUCUCCUCCGCCUUGAUCCCUACUUCCACUUCCGCCCUCCCAUCAAUACCCCUAGGCCCAGACGGUUUACAUGACAGCAUGACACUCACCGUCCCCGGUACGAUCUUCACCCUUCCCCGCGCGCUCGUACAAGCCAUCAGCGAGACAUUACUACCCGUGAUCCCGCAUGUGGACGAUUAUUCGUGUUUGAUUUGUACGAGUAUUGCGUUCAAGCCGAUUAGGCUGUUCUGUGGGCACCUGUUCUGCGUUAGAUGUUUGGUGAAGAUGCAGAAACGCGGAAAAGGAAAUUGCCCGUUAUGUCGUGCACCGACUGUCCUUCAGGCUGAUCGCUCUAACGUGGACUGGGCCUUACUGAACUUCAUGCAAGACUGGUUCCCAGAAGAGGCGAAGGAAAAGAUGAAGCAGAACGAGCAGGAGUCUGCGGAGGAGAUGAUGCGCGAGCUUGGGUGGGAGGGCCGGGAGUGUGUCAUCAUGUGAUGUUCAGCCAUGAUCCCCCUUUAUCUUCAUCUUCUUUCUUUUCCCCCCUUAUUCUUUGAACCCUCCUCUGUUAUUACCCUCUCCACCUGGGUUCUGUGUGCAUGUAGUUCGUGCUCUUAUCUUGUAAUGUCGGGCUUUGUGUAUCGGUUCGGGUUUGUCCUGGUUCGUUUGAUUGAUUUAUGGAUUUACUUUUUCGUUUCUCAUUCUUUGCUCGCUCUCUUUCCUUCUCCUUAUCGUAUGAUACAUGUUGUGAAAUAUAUCUAUGUAUCCUGUAUCGAUUCGUCUUUUUUUCGCUCUCUAGGCCUCUUAUGUACCUUUCUAAGUUAUAACCACC